AUGCGUAUGGCACCGCAACACCGCGUUAAGUUUCCCCUCCGAACAGUUCCUUCUCUCUUGACCACCAAAGAAACACGAAGUCAGACAGAAACUACGAGAAACUGAUGGAAAAUUAAGAGAUAUAAAACAGAAUACGAGGGAAAUUUGUUGGAACAGUGAGAAAGUGAAGAGAGAGAGAGAGGGAGCUCGGGCAAGAGCGAGAAGGGGUGGGCGUUAGAAAGAUAUGAAGCACAUUUUCAAGAAGCUUCACUUAGGGAGCAACCAUGACCCUAACCGAUCCAACGAAAUCCCCACCUCAACCUCUUCCUCAGCAUCGUGCGCCUCCGAUCACCGCGCGGCUUCCGUCAACGGCCAGAGCUCCGUUGCAGCUCCCGCGAGUCCUUCGUCGCAGUCACCUUCGCCGUUGCCGGCUUUUAGUGCCGCGGGUCCAGUGCCAUCGCCCACCUCAAGUAAUCGCCCGGACUAUAUCUCUUCGGAGGAGGAGUUCCAGGUUCAGCUGGCCCUGGCGAUCAGCGCGUCGAAUUCGGAGUCCCGCGAUGAUCCGGAGAAGGAUCAGAUCCGCGCUGCGACACUGCUGAGCUUGGGAGGUCAUCAGAUUGAGUUGUCGAGGGAUAAGGACGAGGUAACGGCGGAGUCGCUGUCGAGGCAGUAUUGGGAAUACAAUGUGCUUGACUAUGAGGAUAAGGUGGUGGAUGGAUUUUAUGACGUAUAUGGGCUCUCCACAGAUUCAGCAAAGCAAGGAAAGAUUCCCUCUCUCGCAGAUCUUGAAACAAACAUUGGGAGUUCUGGAUUUGAAGUCGUAAUUGUUAAUCGAACAAUCGACCCUGCUCUGGAAGAAUUACUGCAAAUUGCACAAUGUAUUAUUUUAGACUGCCCUGUCACUGAGGUUGGUGUGUUGGUACAAAGGCUUGCUGAAUUAGUCACUGGACACAUGGGUGGGGCUGUGAAGGAUGCUAAUAUUAUGCUAGCACGCUGGAUGGAAAGGAGAACAGAGUUGAGGACAUCUCUUCACACUAGUGUGUUGCCUAUCGGGUUCAUAAAUGCUGGCCUUUCUCGACAUCGUGCUUUACUUUUCAAGGUAUUAGCUGACAAUAUGAGGAUGCCUUGUAGACUAGUAAAAGGUAGUCAUUACACAGGCGUUGAGGAUGAUGCUGUCAACAUAAUAAAGUUGGAAGAUGAAAGCGAGUUUUUGGUUGAUCUAAUGGGAGCUCCUGGAACACUUAUACCAGCUGAUAUUCUAAGUACGAAGGAAACUGUGUUUAAGCCAUACAAUUCUCAAAUAAACAAAAUCCCAUCUCUUCAUCCCUCUAAUAUCAGCGGAGUUGCUUACUUAAAACCAAAGCCUGGACUUGGUGAAGGCAGCAGUCAAAAUGGCGCAUUAGAAAGUAGUUCACAUUUGGAAAGAAGGUCAAGUUCUGAAAAUGCAGAGUUCAUGCCUCUAUUCCCAGGUACAAGGGGUGAUACAUCUGCUGGUUCUUCUGGUACAUCUAAUAGGUUGAUUACCAAUCAGGCAGAUAUUCCUUCCUCAUCAGUCAGUAAUGGUGUGAGGAUGAACCUCAAUGUAGUUCCAUAUAACCAAAAUAGUCCUGAAGAUUUAAAAAACCUUUUUGCUGAUCUUAAUCCAUUCCAGAUAAAUGGGACCGGCAAAGCUUCUGUACAUAACAAACCUGCAGGAUAUAAAGCUGGUGAGCUUCCAACGCCGAGAAAUAUCUCUGUCUCUGGUCGACCUCCUGUACCAUGGAAGAAUCCAUAUGCUUGCAAUGAAGUCCCUAGGAAAAAGGAGUAUGAUUAUAUGGAGGGUCUCUUUCCAAGAAUUAAUCGUCAAUCUAAUGACUAUAAUCUGUCAUCGACUGCUUCCUCUGGUUCUACUAUAUCGGGAAAGAUGUAUGGUGAUGGUUUCAAAUCAUCUGGUAAUUCAAAUGUGUCCAGUAUAAAUGGUGAUGCAGCAAGUUCUGUCAAUGUCACUGGUUCAAUGUUGGAAGCUACCACGAGUCAGUUUAACAGGUUGCCUUUGGUUGAGGGCCUGAAUGCUGAUUUGAAGGAAGAACACCCCAAGAAUGAGGAGGAAUCUCGAAGUGACAGGGUGGAUGUGGUUAAAAAGCAUGAAGAGAAAGAAAUUGGUUUCCUUGAUCGUAGAAAGUGUACACAUGAUAGAUUUAUGGGGACUGAUUUGAAAUUGAAGGAUCCAGAAAGUCCUAGCUCAUCUGUUGAUUCCUGCACAAGUAGGGUUGAUCAAAUAUUUUAUGAUGUGGAUGUAGGAGAAUGUGAAAUUCGUUGGGAAGACCUGGAUAUUGGUGAAAGGAUUGGACUAGGUUCAUAUGGAGAGGUUUAUCGUGCUGAUUUGAAGGGCACGGAGGUUGCUGUGAAGAAGUUCUUAGACCAGGACUUCUCAGGUGCUGCUUUGGCUGAGUUCAAAAGUGAAGUACGGAUAAUGCGUACACUGCGGCAUCCAAAUGUUGUUCUUUUCGUGGGUGCUGUAACUCGUCCUCCAAACCUCUCUAUAAUUACUGAGUUUCUUCCAAGGGGAAGCUUAUAUCGCAUUAUUCAUCGUCCUCAUUCUCAAAUUGAUGAGAAGCGCAGAAUAAAAAUGGCCCUUGAUGUGGCAAGCGGCAUGAAUUGCUUGCAUACCAGCAGACCUACAAUCGUUCACCGGGAUUUGAAGUCACCAAAUCUUUUGGUUGAUAAGAACUGGAAUGUGAAGGUAUGUGAUUUUGGGCUGUCUCGUUUGAAGCAUCACACCUUCUUGUCGUCCAAAUCAACUGCAGGAACGCCUGAGUGGAUGGCACCUGAAGUUCUCCGGAAUGAAAACUCAAAUGAGAAGUGUGAUGUUUAUAGCUUUGGAAUUAUUCUAUGGGAGCUUGCUACUCUAAGAUUACCUUGGAGUGGGAUGAACCCAAUGCAAGUGGUGGGUGCAGUAGGUUUUCAGAAUCGUCGGCUCGACAUUCCCAAGGAAGUGGAUCCCGUGGUUGCGAGGAUAAUUUGGGAAUGUUGGCAGACAGAUCCAAAUUUGCGCCCCUCAUUUUUACAGCUCACAGUGGCUCUCAAGGCUCUGCAGCGGCUUGUUAUCCCAUCGCAUAUGGACCAGCCAGAUUCUGCUAUAUCACAAGAGAUCCCAGCGAAUUCUACACCUUGAAGUGUCUCGCAUUUCUAAGUGUGAAACUGUUUCUUUGUAGAUCUUCCAAAAGAGCAAAAAUAGUCGGAAAGAAAUUAAAAAAAAAAAAUACUAGAAAGGAUUGUGGGGUUAGGGAUAGGGUUUGUGUAAAAAUGAUAUAUGUAUUGCUGUUGCAGCCUAAUUACUGCAGAAGCACCUUUUGUACAGUUGGUUUAUAGUUUGCAUUGUAUGUUCAUAUGUUCAUACCUUACGCGAGAGAAAAAGGAAGUUGCAUUAUGAAGUAAAAUUACUGCAUUUGAUA